ACGAUCAGGCUUCAGGCAUGGCGUCCCCUGGCCGGAAGGAGGGUCCGCCGGUCGCGCGAUCCUUCAGCUUCAGGUUGGCCGCAGGUGGAGAGCUCGGAUUGGCCGCCGCCGUGGCGCCCGCGGUCCCUAUCGCUAGGCCGGUCAGGUUUGUGACCCUAACAGUGCAGGACGCCCAGCGGCGCGACGUCACGCGUACUAUGCGCGUGACAGACACGCUGCAGGGCCUGAUGGACCACUACUACGACAUGGUGGGCUCGGCCGGCACACGCCGCGCAGGGCGCUUCGUGUUCGACGGCAAGCGGCUGAAAGGGAAGCAGACGCCGGAGGAGCUCGGGAUGAAGAACCGGGACAAGAUCGACUUUUUCGUUGAUCUGAGCGCGACGGACGACGGCGGCGACGUGGAGCCGGCCGUGUACGUGACGGUGAAGGUGGUGGUGGUGGACAUGAAAGGGCGUACGAUGGAGCGCACUUUGCAGAGUACCCACAAGCUGCAGGUCGUUAUGGAUGCCUACUACGACAGCGUGCCGGACGUCUCACGCGGCGUGGGCAAGUUCCUAUACGACGGCGGGCAGUUGCAGGGCUGGCAGACGCUCGCACAGCUGAAGAUGGAUGACAAGGACGAGAUCGAGAUCGACUUCCUCGCUGACAUGAUGGGUGGCGGCGGGCCGCCGGGCCGGUGGGCUGCUACUGCUGCUGAACAGCCGCCGGUGCCUGCGUACCUCGAUCUGCGGACUGCUCCAUCAUUGAUGGCAGCUAAUAAUUUUUAUUAAACUUUCGAGUGAUCGUAACAUCGAUUGAGAACCAGACGUACUGUUUGUUUCCU